AUGGAGUCCAAGGUAAGGGCGAUGUUGGGUCUCAUCCUAGCCUUGGCAAUGGUGCUCGAAUGCGUCAAAUGUCACACGGUCAGCCUGGAUUCAUGCAAUCGGGAUGGCAACGGUAGCAUCGAAUGCGAGACCGAUGAUUUAAUGGAUACCGAGUUGUAUAUUCGACAACUUGCAGGGGGAAGGAAAGCCAUCAGCUAUGAGGCAAUCAGGCAUAAUGCGAUCCCAUGCAGCCGGCCUGGACGCUCUUACUACAAUUGUAAUGGACGAGGAAAGCAAGCUAACCCUUACACUCGUGGUUGCACUACAAUGACCCAUUGCCGUAGGAUUUAUGAAUGA